AUGCGGCUCCCGGCGAUGGUGUGCUGCCUCGUGUUCUGCUCCGUGGCCGGGCAGGUCGAGUACUCCAUCCCCGAGGAGACGGCGCGCGGCGCGCCCGUCGGGAACCCCGCGCGAGACCUGGGCAUCGAGGCGGCGGCGCUGCCCGCCCGACGGCUGCGUAUGAUCGGCGGCGCCGGCAAGCCCUACUUCAGCCUGAACGCCAGCACGGGCGCUUUGUCCGUGAGCGAGCCCGUCGACCGCGAGCAGAUCUGCGCGCUGAAGCCCGCCUGCUCGCUCAGCUACGAGCUGGUGCUGGAGAACCCGCUGGAGCUGUACAAGCUGCAGCUGCGCGUCCUGGACGUGAACGACAACGCCCCCGCCUUCCCGCUGGACGAGUAUCACCUCAGCGUGGCCGAGUUCCUGGCCCCGGGGGCGCGCUUCACCCUGCCCAACGCCCAGGACCCGGACGAGGGCGUCAACAGCAUCCAGAGCUACGCCCUCAGCCCCCACGACCACUUCCGCCUCGAGAUGCAGACGCGCGGGGAUGGGAGCAGGUACCCGGAGCUGGUGCUGGAGAGGCCCCUGGACCGCGAGCAGCAAGCCACGCACCGGCUGGCCAUCACGGCCAAAGACGGGGGCAGCCCCCAGCGCUCCGGGAGUGCCCAGGUGGUGGUCACCGUCCUCGACACCAACGACAACGCCCCCGUCUUCGAGCACUCCGUCUACAGGGCCAGCGUCUCGGAGAACUCCCCCAACGGCACGCUGGUCACACAGGUGCACGCCACGGACUUGGACGAGGGCCAGAACGGAGAGGUGCGGUAUGCCUUCAGCAACAGCACCCCGGCCGAGCUCCGGAAGAUCUUCUACAUCCACCCCCAGACUGGAGAGGUCCGGGUCAGUGGAGUGCUCAACGUCCAGAAGCCGCUGCUGGAGAUGUUUGUUGAGGCGAAGGACAAGGGCGUCUUUGGCAUGUCCAGUGUGGCCAAACUGCUGGUCGAAAUAACGGAUGUGAACAACAACGCCCCCGAGAUCACGCUCACCUCUCUCUCCAGCCCGAUCCCAGAGGACUCCUCGCUGGGCACCGUAAUCGCGCUCCUGAGUAUCACAGACGAAGACCCGGGCGAGAACGGGAAAGUCAUCUGCCAGCUCCCCACCAAUCUCCCCUUCCAGCUCAAGUCCUCUUUCGACAGCUACUACAGUCUGGUCACCAGUGGCCUUCUCGACCGUGAGCGGGUCAGUGAGUAUAACAUCACUGUCACGGCCUCGGACCUGGGCUCCCCUCCCAUGGCCACACAGAGGGUGCUGCGGGUGCAGGUCGCGGACGUGAACGACAAUCCCCCCAAGUUCCUCAACCAGAUGCGUGAAGUGUCCAUCACGGAGAACAACAGGCCCGGGGCAUCCCUCUUCCGCGUGUCGGCCUCCGACCCAGACCUGGGGGAGAACGGCCGGGUCUCUUAUCUACUCAGGGAUAUCGACAUCCAGGGCAGCGCCCUGUCCAGCUACCUGGCCAUCGACGCGGGCAGUGGCAUCGUCUAUGCAAAGGGCGUCUUUGACUUUGAGCAGCUCCAGAGCUUCCAUUUCCAGGUCGAGGCCCAGGACCACGGCUCCCCGGCCCUGGCCGCAGCCUUCCUUGUCAGCAUCACCAUCCUGGACCAGAACGACAACGCCCCGGUCAUCUUGUACCCAGCGAUGAGAAACGGCUCGGUGGCUGUGGAAAUUGUGCCCCGCCUGGCAGAUGCUGACUACCUGGUGACCAAGGUGGUAGCCCAUGACCCAGACAGUGGCCAGAACGCCUGGCUCUCUUACCACCUCCUGCAGUCCUCCGACACCAGUUUGUUUAGGGUUUCUCCCAAUGCCGGAGAACUCAGGACUUCUCGUGCCAUGAGGUCUAGUGACCCCGUCAAGCACAAAGUGGUGGUCUUAGUGAAGGACAGUGGGCAGCCCCCGCUCUCGUCCUCUGUGACCCUGGGCAUCCUGCUGGCAGACUCCCUCCCUCAGGCCCUCCCGGACUUCGACGACAGCUUGGAGGCUCGGGGGCAGCAGCUGUCCAGCUUGAAUUUCUACCUGAUCAUUGCUCUGGCCUGCCUUUCCUUUGUCUUCCUGGGCUUUCUAAUCUUCCUUCUUGCCAUCCGGCUUUUUCACUGCAGGACUAGCCCGUCCCGCAGCUGCUGCUGCUGCUGCUGCUGCCCCAUGGACGAGUAUGAGAAGUACCGCUACAAUGUCCACAUGCUCCCGAGCUCCCAUUUCACGCCAGAGAUGGUCGAGAUCGCAGGCAUGGGGAAGCUCACACACACCUACCUGUACAGGGCGGCGCUGGGCAUCGGGCCCAGCAAUAACAACUCGGUGCCCAGCGGAGAGGUCGGCAACCCGCCCAAGGGGGCAGGCUUGCUGCCGGUGCCGGCGUCCUGCAUUCAGGUGCAGAAGGUCAAGAGGGACCACUUCAAUGCCAUUCUGGUGCGGCUGGCGGCGCGCGGGGCGCGGCUGGCCCCGGGCGCGGCGCGGCCGCUGCUGGCGCUCGACCUGGCCCGGGGGCUGCUGGUGGUGCGCGCGCGCAUGGACCGGGAGGCGCUCUGCGCGCCGCCGCCCGCCUGCCUCUUCCGCCUGGAGCUGGUGCUGGAGCGGCCCGUGGAGGUGCACAGCGUGGAGGUGGCGCUGCUGGACGUCAACGACCACGCGCCCGCCUUCCCGCGGCCGACCUACCAGCUGGAGAUCGCCGAGUCCGCCGUGCCAGGCUCCCGCUUCCCCGUGGAGGGCGCGUGGGACCCCGACGCGGGCUCCAACUCGGUGCAGAGCUACCUGCUCAGCCCCAGCGAGCACUUUGGCCUGAACCUGGGCGACUUCGCGCGCGGCAGUUCGCUGCCGGAGCUGGUGCUGCUGCAGCCGCUGGACCGGGAGCAGAGCGCCCGCCAUCAGCUGGUGCUCACGGCCGUGGAUGGGGGCCAGCCCGCCAGGUCCGGCUCCGCUCGGAUCGAUGUGCUGGUCCUGGACACCAACGACAACCCCCCGGCCUUCGACCGCGGCACCUACACGGCCACCCUCCCGGAGGAUGCUGCCCCCGGCACGCUGGUGGUGAAGCUGAAUGCCUCGGACCCCGACGAGGGCUCCAACGGAGAGCUGCUGUACUCCUUCAGCAGCUACACACCGCAGAAAGUGCGGCAGCUCUUCCACGUGGAUCCGGUGUCGGGAGAAGUGCGGGUCAACGGCACGCUGGACUACGAGGAAGCCUCUUUCUAUGAGAUCUAUGUGCAAGCCUCCGACAGGGGUCCUGUCCCUAUGUCUGGGCACUGCAAGGUGCUAGUCCAGAUCGUGGAUGUCAAUGACAAUGCUCCUGAGGUGGUGUUGACUUCCCUAUACAGCCCCGUCCGUGAGGAUGCCCAGCCAGGGACUGUGGUGGCCUUGAUGAGCGUCACCGACCAGGACUCUGGCCAGAACGGGCUCGUCAGCUUAAGCAUUCCUGCCGGCCUUCCAUUCAGGAUCAAUGCCUUCAAAAACUCCUACACCCUGGUAACGCAGGGGCUGCUUGACUGGGAAAGGACUCCUGCCUACAACGUCACUGUCACUGCUGCUGAUGCUGGGACCCCUCCCCUGUCUUCCCAUAAAACUAUCCAGGUGGACAUCUCCGAUAUCAAUGACAAUGCACCACAGUUCGAAGAACCUUUCUACUCUGUCUACGUCCCGGAAAACAAUGCCCCCGGGACGUCUCUUUGCACUGCCAGGGCCACGGACCCGGACGCGGACGAGAACGCCCGCAUUUCCUACUCCCUGCUGAGCGGCGAGGUGCAGGGGCUGCCGGUGGCCUCCUACGUCUCCAUCCACUCAGAGACAGGCCGCCUCCACGCGCUGCGCUCCUUCGACUACGAGGAACUGAGGGAGUUCCAGGUCACGGUGCGGGCCCAAGACGCCGGCACACCGUCCCUCAGCAGCACCGCCCCGGUGCACAUCUACGUGGUGGACCAGAACGACCACGCCCCGCAGAUUCUGUAUCCCACGCCCGGCAACGCCUCAGCGGCAACGGAGGUGGUCCCUCGCUCCGCCCACGUCGGCUACCUGGUCACCAAAGUCAUCGCCGUCGAUGCAGACUCGGGGCAGAAUGCCUGGCUGUUCUUCCGCCUGGAGCAGGCCCUGCCCCCAGACGCCUUCCGAGUGGAGGUCCACAGCGGGGAGGUGCGGACGAUGCGGAGGCUGGGUGAGCUCAACGCAACCGCCUUCAACCUGACGGUCAUCGUGAGGGACAACGGCGCUCCGCCACUGUCGUCUUCUGUGGCCCUGGUUGUGGCCGUGGCGGACCGGGUGCCCCAUGCCGUCCCCGACAGCAGGAGGCACGCGAGAAGCACGGUGGCGUACGCCGAGGCCACGCUGUAUCUCAUCGUAGCUCUGAGCGUGGUCUCGCUCGUGUUCCUCAUGACCGUCGUCGUCCUCGCCGUGCUCAAGUGCCAUCGGGACCAUGUGCCGUGCGGCUCCGUCUGCUGUGGGGGCUUCUGUGGGGCUCGCCGAGAACGGUGCCCUGCCGAAACAUACAAGCCGGCAAGCUGCAGCCCUCCCACUAGGCUGCCCCAUGGCCUAAAAGUUCAACCCCACUUUGUGGAGGUGCGGGGCAACGGAUCGCUCUCCAGGACAUACUGCUACAAGGCCUGCCUGACCGGCGGGUCGGGAAGCGACACCUUCAUGUUCUACAACACUGGGGGCCCCGUGGGAGUCCAUGCCCCGGCUGCGCUGGCCGAGAGGCACCUGACCGGGGAGAGCUCCCCAAACCUGAUCAUCCUUAAAAGCGAGCCGAUUACUCCGAGCGAGCCGAAGCCGCCUAAUCCUGAUUGGCGCUACUCUGCAUCUUUGAGAGCCGGGAUGCAAGGCGCUGCGCACAUGGAGGAGGCGGGCGGCCUGCGCGGAGGACCUGGCGGACCCGAGCAGCAGUGGCCAACGGUGUCCAGUGCAACCACAGAGCCUGAGGCUGGCGAGGUGUCUCCUCCGGUGGGAGCUGGUGUGAAUAGCAACAGCUGGACCUUUAAAUAUGGACCGGGCAACGCCAAGCAGCCUGGUCCGGGUGAGUUGCCAGACAAAUUCAUUAUCCCAGGAUCUCCUGCGAUCAUCUCCAUCCGUCAGGACCCACCAAACAGCCAAAGUGACAAAAGUGACUUCAUAACCUUUGGCAAGAAGGAAGAGACCAAGAAAAAGAAGAAAAAGAAGAAGGGAAGCAAAGCUCAGGAGAAAAAAGAAAAGGGCAACAGCACCACUGACAACAGUGACCAGUGAAGGGUUUAUACUGAACAAUCUACUUAGCCAAUUUUUGUAAUUUUGGAAGAUCUCUCCUCCGUAGCAGCUCCCAACUUCUUCCUACUGUUAACCCAUUUCCCGUAUGUGCAAG